AUGGAUUCUGCUGCAAUUAUCCCUGAUAUAAAAGGUGCCGAUUAUGAAAACAAUAAAUUGGAUCCAUUUAGAGGCGCUAUAGCUUCAAUGGUAGCUGAAUUUUUUGGAAAAACACCGGAACAAGUUUUUGGGGUACUUGAAGUUCCUAAAAACCCAGAGCUUGUUGGUUACAUAACACUUGCUGUACCUAGGUUACGUGUUCAGGGUAAUCCGGCACAAUUGGCUCAACAAUGGAUAGAAAAAUUCGUUCCUAAUGAAUAUAUAAUAGACGUAUCACAGGCUAGUCAUUACUUGAACUUCAAAUAUAAUCAUCCUUUACUUACAAAAACACUUCUUAAGCACAUAUAUGAAAAGAAGGAAACAUAUGGUACAAAUCAAUCGGGUGCUGGUAAAACUUGCCUUAUUGAUUUUAGCAGUCCAAACAUGGCAAAGCCAUUCCACGCUGGUCAUUUACGUAGUACAAUUAUUGGAAACUUUGUUAGAAAUGUACAUGCAGCGAACGGUUGGAAAACAAUCGGCAUGAAUUAUCUUGGUGAUUGGGGUAAACAAUAUGGCCUUUUAGCUAUUGGAUUUGAGAAAUAUGGAUCUGAAGAAGAAUUACUUAAACAUCCUAUUAAACAUCUAUAUGACGUGUACGUCAAAAUUAAUGCUGAUAUCGAAAAAGAUUCCAAUGUAGAUGAUCAAGCUCGUGCUUAUUUCAAAAAAAUGGAAACUGGUGAUGAAUCUGCGCUUGCAUUAUGGCAAAAAUUUAAAAAUCUUAGUAUAGAAAGGUACAAAGAUACUUACGCUCGUCUCAACGUUGAAUUUGACGUUUAUUCUGGCGAGUCUCAAAUUAGUAAUGAGAGCAUGUCUCGUGCAUUAGAAAUACUUAAGGAGAAAAAUAUUUCUACGGAAUCAAACGGUGCAAUAAUUGUAGAUUUAAGUGAAAAUAAAUUAGAUGUAGCAAUGAUUCAAAAAAAUGAUGGCACAACUUUAUAUAUUACUCGAGACAUUGGUGCUGCUAUAGAGCGAUAUGAAAAGUACAAAUUUGACGUUAUGUAUUACGUUGUGGCAUCUCAACAAGAUUUACACUUUAAGCAGCUUUUUAAAAUUUUAGAAUUAAUGGGCUUCGAUUGGGUUGAUCGUUGCAAGCAUAUAAAUUUUGGCUUGGUGAAUGGAAUGAGCACUCGUAAAGGAACUGCAGUUUUUUUGGAUGACAUCCUCGAACAAACCAAAGAAAGCAUGCAUGAAGUGAUGAAACAGAACGAGAAAAAAUAUGCACAAAUCGAAAAUCCUGAAUACGUUUCGGAUAUAAUUGGUAUCUCUGCGGUAAUGAUUCAGGAUAUGUCUGCGAAGAGGGUUCGUAAUUAUACGUUUAAUUGGACUCGAAUGUUUUCCUUUGAAGGGGAUACUGGUCCAUAUUUACAAUACGCCCACGCCCGCCUUUGCUCAAUCGAACGUAAUUGUAGUUUUGAACUCAAUCCGGAAAUAGAUUUCACUCUUCUAAAAGAAAAACCAGCGAUCGAGCUCAUUGACCUGAUUGCUCAGUAUCCUGAUGUUGUCAAGACUGCUUUACAAACGUUAGAACCUUGUACGAUUGUAACAUAUGCAAUGAAAUUAAGUCAUCAUGUAUCUGUAACGUUGGAAACUCUAUGGGUUAUGGGUGCAGAACGUCCAUUAGCCGAGGCGAGGUUGCUUAUGUAUUGGGCUACCAGGAUAACAUUAGGAAAUGCACUCAAAUUACUAGGUCUCAAACCUUUGGAAAGAAUGUGA